CAGGCCCCGAGGUUAUAAAACUUCCCUGAGUACGAUUUCAUGCUCAAAUCCGGUUUCGUGCUCAACUCAAAACUCAGACUCAAUAAACGGAGGUUAUAAAUAAUCUGAGUACGUUUUCGUGCUCAACUUGAGCAUGAAAUCCGUACGAUCUCAAGUAAGCUUUGGACCGUGCUCAACGCUGAGUUCGACAACAACAAUGGCAGCUCACCUGCGACAGACGCGACAAGCGAGGCGGAACACCCGUGUUCCGAGAGUCUUUCGAGAUCGUUCUAACCCGCUGGAAGAUUUAGAUGUCGAAGAAGUUUUUGACCGUUACAGAUUUAGGCCAAAUACUAUAAUAUAUUUACUUGGUCUACUCGAUCUGACCAGAGAGACAGCUCGUAACUGUGCGAUUCCACCACUGUUACAGUUGCUGGUAUGCCUUCGCUUUUUGGCGACAGGCGCUAUGCAUCUGCUGGUUGGGGACAGCCUAAACAUUUCCCGAUCUACAGCCGGCAGAUGCAUACGUGCAGUUUCGUUGCAAAUCUCCAAACUUUCAGGAAGGAUUAUUAAAUUCCCAGUUGGGGGAGACGCCGUACGAGCGAAGGAGGCAUUCGGCAACAUUGCAGGAUUCCCUAACGUAGUAGGGUGCAUUGAUGGGACGUUCAUCCGGAUACAGCGGCCUACCACGAACGAGGGAGACUUCGUGAACCGGAAAGGUUACCAUUCCCUGAAUGUACAGAUGUGCUGUGAUGCAAAUUUCUGCAGCACAAGUUGCAACGCCAGCUGGCCGGGAUCGGUGCAUGACAGCCGUAUUUUCCCGACGUCAGCACUGUGCAGGCAAUUUGAAAAUGGACAGUACAAAGGUUUUUUGCUGGGGGACUCUGGCUACCCAUGUCGUUGGUUCCUCCUGACGCCUCUACUGAACCCCACCAACCGUGCAGAGGAACGCUACAAUGGGUCAUUGUGCAGGACAAGAGUGCUCAUUGAACAGACCUUUGGUGUCCUGAAACGGCGGUUUCAGUGCCUGCACAAUGAGCUCAGGGCGACCCCAAGACAGGCUGUGACCUAUGUUGUUGCAUGUGUUGUGUUGCAUAAUUUGGGUAUUGAAAGGGGGGAUAUUAUAAAUCAUGAUGAAAAUCUAAUGCCUCCAUCUUCAAAUGUGAAUAAUUAUGUGCCACCGGUUACAGGUCCAAAUGAUGGAGCUGAUGUGAGACGGCACAUUAUUCAAACAUUUUUUAGUCGAUAAGCAUAGGAACAAUUAUUCACUACAAUUUAAUCUAUCUGAAUUUGUGAUUUCAAAUGUAUAUCAUCUUAAUUAA